AUGCAGUCCCAUCUCACCAUCUCCAUCUCCAUUCACGCCGUGACAUCAAUCAUGCACGAAGCCAGUGCGACGCCAAUAGUCUCUCCGCUGUUUCGCGUAAUGUCGCUCCGCCUCGUCUCGCCCUGCCCCUUGCUGCCUGUCCUGUCAAAAAAGAGGCCGUUGUUCAAACACCGAGAAAUUGGUGGGCAGGGUCAUUUCCACCAGGUGGAUCGGGAUUCAGGAUUCGAGAUAGACGACUUGACGAUAUACGACCCAUACGACCCAUACGACUCCAUAUCACCUCCGUAG